UUCGAUGCCGAACGGCCGCGUCGUUGUCAAAACGGAACGAAAGCGUGUUAUUACUUAUUUUUGUCAAACGAUCGCCAUAUUGUUUUAUUGUCCUCAUUAUUAUCAUUAAUUUCAAUUUUUUAAAUUUAGUCGUGAUGAGGAUUAUGUGUGUUCGUUAAAAUGUUUUUUUAAUUUUUUAAAGUGACAUUUUUAUUAUCAUAGUUAUGUACGCUAGAUUAAAUUGUACCAAUUAAAAUUGAUUCGAAAACCGGUUUCCGCUGUCGUUUAAAAUUUCGAAACAGUAAUCAAAUUUUAUAAAAAUCUGGCGAACAUUAUUGUAAAUGCGCGUGUGUAGUGCUUCUAAAAAUAAUUUGUUGAAAAAUAAACUGCUACUGAACGAUCAUAUAGUGUUGUUUAAUUAUAGUGCAAUGAAUAGCUGAAUAGUUAUAAAUAAUGUUGCAUUUCUUACGCCAUUGUUCUCGUUAAAUAAUGUAUGUAUUUCCUAGAGAAAUGAACAUUAUCAGUGUUUUUGUGAAGUUAAAGUGAUUACGUGGAUUUUUGUGUCUUUGUCCCUUGGAUUACACUCAUAAUGGAUAAACCUACGUUCAAGUUGGUGGGUUCCCCUUGCGGUCAGCACGGGCAGUACACCUUCUACAAAGCUUUAAGACUGUGCGGUUCCAUGGAGAAGAUCGUGGCUAUAGGCGACUUCUUCUUCGUCAGGAUAUGGCAAGACUCUGAGCUGGUUUCUAUAGGGGAACUCCAGCUGCUGUGGACGGACCGGGUGUCAGACCAGACCCUGGUCAGCCUCCGGCUGUACUUCCUACCCGAGAACACUCCGGACGGCCGCAGUUCACACGGGGAGCACGAGGUGCUAGCCAUAAACGACAAGGUUGUACUACGCGCCGAGGACCUGCUGAGCUGGGUCUGCGAUGGAGGCAGCUGGACGUGGGGCCUGAAGGCGGUCUGGCGAGGAGCGUGCGCCCCCCCGGCCGAGCCCAAGCACUCGGCGCCGCUGCACCACACCAAGAUGGACUUCAGCGACAUCGAGAAGGAGAAGAGCGCUAUUGCCAUAGAUGCUGAAUCGCCAGGAGUAGUGGUCUUCUCGUACCCAAGGUACUGCCGGUACAGAGCCCUGUUGUCCAGGCUGGAGGGGUUACAAGCUGAUUGGCUGAGGGAUUCUUUGGUGGCUGCAUUGGGUGGCUACGCGGCUCCUACCAAAAAUACGAGGAUCUUAUACUGUAAGGACACCUUCGAAUAUCCAGAAUUGGAAGGCCACGAGUUCGUCUGCAACCAUUUGGCGCCGCGUUUGAAGGGCAGACCUCGCGGCCGCCGCCGCCGCCCGCCGCGCUCGCGCAGCCAAAGCCAGGACGACUCGCGGGACAGUGACAGUGAUGAUGGGAAGCCUCAGCAGCUGCAGCCUACGAUUCAGACCCCCCGCCGCCUGUCACUCCGCAACGGCGACAAGGCGAGCGAGGAAGAGGACGAGCGCAAGGAUGAUGGAGAAGAUGGAGAGUUCCUCGACCAGCUGAAGAGGUUCUACCGGGACAGGAACCUGCAGCUCAGGGUCGGCGGCACCCUCAGAGACUUGUCCCUCCGAGCUGUUUACGAAGCGGUGAGAUCUAACGGCGGCUACGAGGCGGUGUGUCGGCUCAAAUUGUGGAGGACGUUGUUUGCUGAGCAGCCGGCGAGGACCAGGAGACACUAUGAGAGAUAUCUCCUGUCGUACGAGACGCACGAACGGAAGCGUUCACGUCUCAACGGGAAGUGUUCCCCGCGGCCCGUGGCCACCAUUGACGUCACGUCGUCUCCCCCGCACACCCCCGACGCGGUAGACAGCGACCUCAAAGAGGAUUACAAUGUUAUUACCAAACCUGCCGAAGAGUUCAACAGAGAAUUCUUAGACUCGCUACCGAAGGACGAGAGGCCUGGCAAGAUCUCGGUGAAACCCGUCGAGAAACUCGUCGACGCCGGCGUGAGGAAACUGUUCGAGGAACACCCGGUGAAGGCUGACGAGGAAGCGAAGAAGGACGGCCUCACGAGCGAGCUGGCGCAGAAACUUAACAUGGGUACAGUGGAGAGUCAAUCGCCCGCGGACGGCAGUUUGCUGAGAUUGGCGUCACUCGGUGAUAAAUAUGUCAACGGCCACGACCCACCGCCACCUGAACAGCAAGCGAGCCGGCCGGCGGGGCGCAGCUCCCUGCGGCACGUGCGCGUGAAGCCCGCGAGGCCCCCAGCGCGCUCCACUCCCACGUCGAUCGCUGGCCGCGCGGACUCGUCAUCGUCGUCCCCCGCGCCCCCCGCUGUCCCCCCCGCAGCCCCCGCGGCCCCCCCCGCCGCGCCGCUCAACAACUUCGGCAUUCAUCACCCGCCCGCUCAUAGCGCGCACAGCGAUGAUGAGAUCGUUGAGGUUCCAUACAAACCCAAAACGCCCGAGAUAAUAGACUUGGACGAGUACCCGGAGAGUCCGCAGGGGUUGAAAAAGAGAAAGUUGGAUAUAUUAAAGGAGCGGGGCUUAGAGGUGACCGCUCUGCCGGGCGUGUGGCCCGCGCCGCCGCUGCUGGCGCGUGCGCAGCUGCUGCAGCUGUACGGCGCGCCGCUCGGCUACGACGGCGGACACCCGCCCCGCGUCAUACAGGCCACCUCCAUAUUCGGCUCCGCCGGCCCCGAGAAGACCGUGUACGGGAACCCCAAAGACCCCUUCAUGCCCCCCCCGCACAUACUGCACGGAGCCCCGCUGAAGCCCCAAAAGAACGUGCCCACCUCCGAUCAAACUCACGCGCCCGCCCGUCAAGAUAUACUAGAUUUGACGUGCAACAAAAAAUCUCCGUCGCCCGCGCUGAAACCGACGGUGGAAAUCGUCAAAAUACCAACGGCGCCGUCUGUGAACUCAGUGCAGAAUCUGUCGAAGAAUUACACGCUAGUGGACGGAAAAGCGGUGGUCGGUUCGAAUCUCGAGAUAACGCUGGUCAAUCCGAAAGUUACGCCCACCAAGAGCAAAAUACCGCAGAAGAGGUCGUCGAACGGCAAAUUCGUUUCGUCCAAAACGACACCGCAGAAAGAUUACAAGCCUGCUUCGUACGCUUGCCCCUCGCCGUCCGGUACACAACAAAAGAAACCGGCCAUCAACGUGCCUAAUUACCAAGUGCGCGAUGAAGUGUCUCAAAAUACCAGUUUGCAAACGAAUUUGUUGAACGCUAUGAAGAAUCAGACGAGUUUGGCGCAAAUCAUCGAGAUGCAGAAGAGCGUGGCGAGCGUUACGCCCUUCAUGGACCCGGUGUACAUGAGCGCGCUGUACGGCUCGCUGGGCCACGUGGGACAGAUGGGACAGAUGGACCAGAGGCAGCUGGCCGCGUACCGCGAGCUGGCGGGCCGCGGCUACCCGGGCGCGCUCAGCGGCACGCCCACCACGAAGCAUUGAAACGUCUAGUCGUGAGUGUGUUUGUUUUGUUUUUGUUUUUGUGAUGUUUGGCGAUUUUUUUUGGGCUGGAUUGUUUUUUUUUUUUUUUGGGGUCGAAUUUGGGUUUUUUUUUGUAUUAUAUCUUUAUGGUUGGUUCUGCUCGGUAGCUAAAACUACAUUUGUUUAUAUUGAAAAUAUGAUUUAUGUUUUUCUAUUCUAUUCUGUAAUGCCGUGUGGUUUCAGGUACUAAUAGAAAAGAGAAUAGGACUACUCCGUAUUGUACCCCUUUAACGAGACCCACGAUAGGAUAGGCUUAUAAUCUUGGUAUUCUUCUUUUAGGCGACGGGCUAGCAACCUGUCACUAUAAUAUUCUCAAUUCUAUCAGUAAGCCAAACAGCUGAAGAUGGCCUAUAAAUAUUUUCAAGACUGUUGGCUCUGUCUACCCCACAAGGGAUAAAGACGUGAUAAUAUGUAUGUCUAUUCUAUAAAACACUUAAUAUAUCAAUUUAGCAUGAGAAAAAUUCAAAUUAAAAAUACUGAUGAAAAAGUGAUGAUUACGAACUGAAAUUAAAUUAAAAAAUUGUACCUACCGACCCUGCAUAGCAUCAACUAUGUUAACUAUUCACAUUUUAUGAUUUUUUUAUUAUUUAUGUAUAAGUUUUUGCCAUGACUGAAAUUUGGGAUAUGUUAUUUUUAAUGGGCUAUAUGACUCGGUCAUAAUGCAAAAUAAACCAAAAAAAUUUUUUUUUUAUGGUACUGUUAUUUUU